AUGACAACGCCGCACUUGCCGCCGCCUGGAGCUCACGGUAGCUCUGCCGGUCCUAGACCGGUUCCACCGCAUGUGCAGAGCCGUGGGCCGGCGCCUCCGGUGAGCCCCAACACCGCUCAUGGGAUGAGCAGGCCAGUGAACUGGAGCGCCAUGUCUGGCAAUCCAGGGCCCGUGAACUGGCCCCCGGCGUCCUCGCAAGUCCAACAGGGUCAGCAUGUCAUGCCAGUAGCGCGUGGUCCACAGCCAAACUCAGUAGAGCCAACACGAUUGAGGAACGGCAAGAAGAUCAAAGAUGUGGAGAGACGGCAGCAGCAGAUUGCAGGGGCGCCGCACGAGCACCAAACCUUCUCUGGGCCGACGAAGAGUGCCGUACUGCGACGCAAAGAACAACUUCAGCUACAGCAACGCGACGCCAACUCGGGGAAGCACAUCAAGACAACCGUAGGCAACGACAACUCGUGGGUGAAAGGGCUGGCCUACUCGACCUGGGUAGACUCGCCAAAAGGGACGUUGAACCACCUCGACCGCGAGGGCCCCUAUAAGCGUCAGCCAAAGGGCAACAGGAACCUUCGCAAGAAUAAAAGGACCGUGAGUCGAAACAGUAUGGGCAAGUCCAGCUUGCUUGUGGAGGCACUUCGAAACCUCUUUCGAUGA